GCCGGCCCGGCCCCGGCCCCGCCGCCGCCCCCAUGUAGCGCCGCGGCCGCCCCGCACCCGCCCAGCCGCGGGGCCGCCUCCGGCAUGCGGAGCUGCAAGAUGGUGCGGGUGGCCAGCGUGCUGGGGCUCGUCAUGCUCAGCGUCGCGCUGCUCAUCCUCUCCCUCAUCAGCUACGUCUCGCUCAAGAAGGACAACAUCUUCGGGGCGCCCCGCGCCGCCGGCCCCGCCGGGCCCCGCAUGUACAUGUUCCACGCGGGAUUCAGGUCCCAGUUCGCGCUGAAGUUCCUGGACCCCUCGUUCGUGCCCAUCACCAACUCCCUGAGCCAGGAGCUGCAGGAGAAGCCCUCCAGGUGGGCCUUCAACCGGAGCGCCUUCGCCCAGCAGAGGCAGGAGAUCCUUCAGCACGUCGACGUCAUCAAGAACUUCUCCCUGACCAAGAGCAGCGUUCGCAUCGGGCAGCUGAUGCACUACGACUACUCCAGCCAUAAGUACGUCUUCUCCAUCAGCAAUAACUUCAGGUCUCUGCUUCCCGACGUGUCCCCCAUCCUGAACAAGCACUACAACAUCUGUGCCGUGGUGGGGAACAGCGGGAUCCUGACCGGGAGCCAGUGCGGGCAGGAGAUCGACAAAUCGGAUUUCGUCUUUCGGUGCAACUUCGCUCCGACCGAGGCUUUCCAAAAAGACGUGGGGAGGAAAACCAACCUCACCACCUUCAACCCCAGCAUCCUGGAGAAGUAUUACAACAACCUGCUGACCAUUCAGGAUCGCAACAACUUCUUCUUGAGCUUGAAGAAGCUCGACGGGGCUAUCCUUUGGAUCCCCGCUUUCUUCUUCCACACGUCGGCGACGGUCACGAGAACGCUGGUCGACUUCUUCGUUGAGCACAGAGGGCAGCUGAAGGUCCAGCUGGCUUGGCCAGGGAAUAUAAUGCAGCACGUUAACAGGUACUGGCGGAACAAGCACCUGUCCCCCAAGCGGCUGAGCACGGGGAUCCUCAUGUACACCCUGGCCUCUGCCAUCUGCGAGGAGAUCCACCUGUACGGCUUCUGGCCCUUCGGCUUCGACCCCAACACGCGGGAGGACCUCCCGUACCACUACUACGACAAGAAGGGGACCAAGUUCACCACCAAGUGGCAGGAGUCCCACCAGCUGCCCGCGGAGUUCCAGCUGCUCUACAGGAUGCACGGCGAAGGACUGGCCAAGCUCACCCUGUCGCACUGUGCCUAAGAACCUACAGCUCCAAGUGCCAAAUGAUUGUCUAAAAAAGUGCCCAAACCCAGAAUUAAACGUUCUCCAGAUAGAAGUCUAAAAAGGAAAAGGAAACAAACCCGCCCUAAAAACCUUUUCCGUGGUGUAAAGAUGCUUUUCAGCCCCCGCCCUUGGGGGGUCUCAGCUUAUUUAGCGGCGCAGAAGCUUUUUAAUCGCGUUCCGUGGGUGCGAUUUUGUGCAGCAGCGAAGUGGAGAUAUUUUGCAUUUCUAGAGAAGCCACUCAGUAUGUUUUAAGAGCUCUUCAUGUUUUAGCAUUCCACUAAAAAUCCCUCCGUUUUAUUGUUCCUUCCCCGUUAGGACUAGAUUUUGAAAGGUUUUGCUUCUUUUGUCUCUGUUGCUCUCGGUAGCUCGGUGUUGCCGUGGAUAAAGGCACUGGGAAUCCCAGUGCAUCCUCACGAGCCGGUUCCUCCGCGUGGGUCCAGAGUUCCACCGCUCGGGUAUUUUCCUAUUUCCUGAAUUUUACGUUUUUUAAAGAAUAACAAGAAGAAGAAGAAGGUCACGACGCGGUUCGUACCUUAGCUAGGUGUUUAUAUCGCUCUUGGGAUACUUUGGGGUUUUAAUUCCAUUUGGGACACAUCCCAGUCCAGACUAGAGAGGCUGAAGCGUGUUCAUUCCCAUCUGGUCAUCUGCUUUAAAGCUAAAAGAUUUCCCCAUUUACAUCUCUGUCUCCCCAGUCAAACAACCGAAAUAGUGACCCCAUUUCCCAGCCACAGGCUGUUUGGAGACAGGACAAACCCGAGGGUCACUGAGGGCUGGGAAAUGUGGGCCAUUAUGCCUCGGGAUAAAGAAUCCUGGGAAAUAACUGGGUUCCUUGUUACAGCAAGUAUUUAAACGUUUUUUUCCCUAUUCUGUGUGAGAACUGACCACACACUGAAAAAGGGAUGCAAAAUCCCAUUUGAAUCACACUUUAAAAUGGCACGUGCUAAUCUUUCUCAAGCAGAUGUAGGAGGUGAGGAAGGAGGUCUCUGGCACAACACCCAAGCCAAGCAGCCCCGAGCAUCUCCUGGUGCCCCUCGUGGCACCGCAGCUCCACGGCCCCCAGAGCCAGCCCCGUUCUCCCCGCCCUCCCUUCUUCAUUGGAAUGACCCCACAUUUCCCAGAUUUGCUGGUUCAGGGCUUGGCUCAGCUCGUGGUGGAUAUUCUCACCUCUCUCCGGUGCUGUCGUCACCUGUGAGGGCCUGAACCUGGCAGGGGCUUGUGCUUAUCAAUGCCAGAUCUUUUUAUCAUCCACUGCCUGUAGGGAGCGACCAUUUCCGAUCAGCAAAUUGAAGGAAUGUGAACUGCCAUCGUUCCAUCGGAAGGAAAGCAGGGCCUGAUGUGCUCCAUGCAGCUUUUGGAACCUGAAAGAGGGACGGUGCCCGGGACAGGCCCUGGCACCACAAGCAGAACUUUCCAGAUGCACCGAGCGCAGAGGAGGAAGCGCAAAACCCGCCGCGAAUAUUGGGAGAGGGGAGCACGGAAAACAAUUAUUGACAGAGCUCCAUAUUCCAGCAUUGAUUUUCAGGCCAAACUCCCCAUCGACGGCGCAGCCCCACGUCGAACAUUCCAGAAUCAUUGAUUUGAUGGGGCUCCCGCCCCGCGGUCGAUGGCGCAGCUCAGCCCAAAGGAAAUUGCUUCUCAGUAUCAAUAUUUUUUUUUUGUGUGGUGUUGGAAAACCACCUCCAAACGUGCAGUUUUUGGCGGGGGAUCUGGUGGGAUCUGAGGGAGGGCUGAGGACGGAAGGGGAUGGAGAGGAGAGUGGCAGAGGGGCUGCCUCCCUGCAGCAGAAAUGCCUUUCCAUUGGUAAACCAGUCCCUUAUUACUUAUUUAAUUGUUGUUCAGAAGGUGCCUCCCUGCUCAGGAGGGCUCUCCCUUCCCUCUGUUUGGCCCCAAAUGUUCCUGCACGAAUUCCUGACGGCUCAGGGAGAACCCUCCCUCUCCCGAGCGAAUGUCCGGGCGAGCCAAGAGAGCUGAUGCAGCAGGAUCAAUAUCUGUAAGUACAGAACAUUUCAGGUUCCAAAAUCCAGAGGAAUCCUCCUGUCCAGCUCCUUCCAUCAGGACACAGAGCCUGCCCAGUGGCAGCCACGUCCUGCUCCAGCCCCUCUGCCAAAGGGAGGGGGGCCAAGGACCCCCCUCCGGGGGUGCUGGGGGUGUACAUAGGCUUGGAAAUGCGUGUUCCCUUUCUCCUUUCACACCUCUUGGGGGCGGAUUUUCGUCGCCUGCAUCUCCUCAGAGGAGGCUCACGAAAACAGGCGUUUGGGCUGCCGGGUUUGCUCGUGGAGGAAACCAAAAAACCAAGUGUUUGUGACACAGAACUGACUGUGAACGGGGGCUGUGAAAACAGGAAAAAGCAGGUUUUCUGUGAGUGAAUGUGUCUUUAUUCCAAUGGCUCUACGGUUCCAUAAUGCCCGAGGGAGUUGUUUUCGAUAAAAAAAUAGAAAUAUUUAAGAAAAAAAGAAAAAAAAAAAAGAAAAAAAAAAAAUGCCAUGAUUGUAAUAGAAGUUCCAUAAUUAAUGGCCAUACUAAAAGCAUUGUUUAUUUUGAAAUGGCUGAUGUUCACAAGGGGCCAGGGCGUGUCUCAGGUGAGCGGUGGCAAGGACACUGGUGUCCAGCCUCACACCCCUGGAGAGCCUCGAGAGCGGGACUGGGGACACUGGGACCUGGCCGGGGGUGUCCCCAGCCCCGAGGCCGGGGCAGGGCUGCACAGCCCGGCCUGCCCUGGCCCCUGUCGUGACAGUGAGCUCCCGGUGUGCCCCUGCAGUGUGAUGUGCCUGCAGCGUUGACUCAUGUGCCAUAACCCGAUAUUGAAUGCAUUGUUUUUAAAUAAAAUGGUUUCUUGUGCAUUGGGAGUCCGUAAAA